GUGGUUGGUCAAUGGACUCUCUGCGUCGCUUCGCCGAGAUUAACUCCGGCAAUUUGCAGUUCAACCUCUUCUCCAACCACUGUUAACCUCCGCGCUGAGUUAGCAGCAUUCCGUCCUCAGUUCCGUCUAUUCUCUCGUACAUCUCCGUCCCGUCGCCGUCUUCGCGCUUCCACCUCCUCGGCCGAGUCAGGAAUCUUCCUCCCUCACCUCGUCGCUUCUAUGGAGCAAGUUGAGGAGACUUACAUCAUGGUGAAACCAGAUGGCAUACAACGAGGCCUUGUUGGAGAAAUCAUAUCUCGUUUUGAGAAGAAGGGGUUUAAACUCAUUGGACUCAAGAUGUUCCAGUGCCCUAGAGAGUUAGCUGAGGAACAUUAUAAGGAUCUUAGCUCUAAGUCAUUCUUUUCUAGCCUCAUUGAGUACAUCACUUCAGGCCCUGUUGUGUGUAUGGCUUGGGAAGGUGUGGGUGUAGUUGCUUCAGCUAGGAAGAUGAUUGGGAAAACAGAUCCUCUUCAAGCUGAACCUGGCACUAUUAGAGGAGAUCUUGCUGUACAAACAGGAAGGAACAUUGUGCAUGGUAGUGACAGUCCUGAAAACGGAAAGCGUGAGAUUGCUCUGUGGUUCAAAGAAGGCGAGCUAUGCGAGUGGGAUUCCGUUCUAGCUAAAUGGCUAAGGGAAUGA